AUGUGUGGUAGCUGCACACCUCCACAACUCUCAAUAGUAAGCACCAGGACUCCACAACCUAUAGACGUUAACAUCACAGCUCCACAAUCCAAAGUUGUAGACGCAACAGCUCCACAACAAUCCAGAGUAGUGAAUACCACAUCUUCACAACCCAGAUAUGUUAGCAGCACACCUCCACAACCCUCAAUAGUAAGCACCAGGACUCCACAACCUAUAGACGUUAACAUCACAGCUCCACAAUCCAAAGUUGUAGAUGCAACAGCUCCACAACAAUCCAGAGUAGUGAAUACCACAUCUUCAGAACCAAGAUAUGUUAGCUACACACCUCCACACACAACCCUCAAUAGUAAGCACCAUGACCCAACAACCUAUAUAGGUUAA